AUCUUCACAGAACGGCGCGCCGCACACUCGCACUGUGGCAGCAUAGACGCGUUGGAAUCUCAGAUCCUUCUCUUCAUCACUUCAACGAAAUGGGUGAAGCUAUGGAAAGUGAAGAAAUACCCAAAUACAGAGAUAUAAGACGCUAUUUCUGCAAAUAUUGCGGCAUCUGUAGGUCCAAAAAAACCAUCAUCACUUCUCACAUCAAUUCGCACCACAAGGAGGAGGUAGAAAAAGAAAGAGAAGAGAAAGAUCCUGAAGCAGGGGCUGUGAAAUCCAACACUUGUGAGGAAUGUGGUGCUACUUUCAAAAAACACGCCUAUUUGUUGCAGCAUAUGCGAAGUCAUUCGCUUGAGGAAAGUAAUUUAUAAGACAAUAAAAUGAUUGAAAAACUAUGGAUGUUUAGUGUGAAGCAUUGGAUCCCAGACAAAGAACUCCAAAAUGCGAGAGGCAGUGUGUUUCCACUUGAUGGAUCAGUAUCAGGUUGGGAGACCUCCUGUGAAGCUCCAUCAAGGAUGCCUCGGUCACGCACUGUUCAAAAUGAGAGGCCGUAUGUUUGCACUGUCAAUGAUUGUCAGGCAAGUUAUCGAAGGAAGGACCACCUGACCCGGCACCUUCUACUGCAUCAAGGGAAGACCUUUAAAUGUCCUAUUGAUAAUUGCAACCUUGAGUUCACUGUGCAAGGCAAUAUGAAAAGGCAUGUGAAUGAGAUUCAUGAUGAUAGUUCUAUCAAUGCUAGUGUUAAAAGUGAGCAGCAGUAUUUGUGUCCUGAAAUUGGCUGCGGAAAGGUUUUUAGAUUUGCGUCGAAGCUGCAAAAGCAUGAAGAUUCUCAUGUUAAGCUGGAGUCGGUAGAUGUAGUAUGCUUAGAGCCUGGUUGCAUGAAACAUUUCACUAAUGCCCAGUGCCUUAAAGCCCAUGUUAAGUCCUGCCAUCAAUAUGUGACCUGCGACACUUGUGGUACUAAACAACUAAAGAAGAAUAUUAAGCGUCACCUCUGUUCACAUGAAGCAAACAGCUCAUCAGAGACCUUUCACUGCGAAUUUAAGGGCUGUGUUUGCACAUUCUCAAAAAAAUCUAAUCUUGAUAAGCAUAAGAAGGCUGUGCACUUCAAGGAAAAACCUUUUGUCUGUGGAUUUCCUGAUUGUGGUAUGAGAUUUGCUUACAAACAUGUGCGAGACAAUCAUGAAAAAACGGGGAAACAUGUUUUUACUCUUGGGGAUUUUGAAAGAGCUGAUGAACAAUUCAGGUCAAGGUCAAGGGGAGGGAGGAAGAGAAUAUGUCCUACUGUUGAAAUGUUGGUUAGGAAGAGAGUAACCCCACCUAGUCAAUUGGAGGAUUGGUUAUUUAUGCAGGAUAGUGAGUAAGGUUUAUGCUUUUGAGUUGUGUUCCGAUAAUAGUGAGCAAAAUGUAAGUUUAAUCCACUGUGAACCAUAAGUAGAAAGUAUAUAUACAUUUAUUGUUAGUAUUACAGUUACGGGGGUGUAGCACAAUAAUGUGUAGGGAUGAUUGCUGCGACUACUUGUAUUGUAUAUAUACAUUUAUUAUUAGUAUUGUAUGUAUUGGCCAAUCUAUAUUUGUAUAGUGACUGCCACUUGUAUGGCAGUUUGUAGCCUAUGAAUAAGACCAACUGUAAUCACCAGACACCAAUGGUUUUAAUUUGGUUUUG